UUCCAUUAGAUCUUAUUUGAAUUAGUGUCUCUGACUUCUUCUAGGGUUAUCGCGAUGACUGCAAGCGCUAUCCGAGGAGAUCGCGAAAAGUGUCUGGAGGCUGGAAUGAACGAUUAUCUCGCGAAACCGGUUCGCGCACAGGUCCUCAAGACCAUGCUAGAACAGUACCUUGGACAAAAGCCAGAAGAUAUACCUGAUCUCCCCAAAGCGGCCAAGAACAUGGCCAAUUCUGCAGCGUCACAGGUUGAAACGAGCAAGCAGUAAAAUGCAAAGGAAGAGAAGGCUCCCAGAUCAUGAUCAAGACGUUGGGAGAGGAGAAUCAGCAAUUUGACAGCUCCGUCUUUCCUAAUCCAUGCGAGCAAGGUUGGGUUGGGCGAGCGGGUCCAGGGGAACCUGGAUAGGCUUGUUGAACCGGCUAUUACCGGUGAAGUUGGGAAAUUGCCUAAAAGAUCCCGCAAGACCAUCAUGUGGGCUUGUCUGGGGCCCCAGACCCAUACCUGGUGGAGAUGUUCUCGUGACAAGCAAUGCGGAGUUUCACGAGCAUAGUGGGCUGUCUUUGAUGUUUGCAAUUUUUGCGGGCCGAACAUUUCUGCAGUUCAUGUCAACCGAGAGCGAGGAUUUUGUGGGUCGCCAUUUCAAAAAUUUAUUGGCGCGAAAUAUAUGCAUGCGGUGGGUUGCAGAUGUUUUUCCGAGAACGGGCGUUUCGGGUGUUUCAAAUGGGCGUGGAGAUUGCAUCCGAGUAUUGAUUUCGACUGCUUUUCGAUUAUUGCUCGAUUAUCUAUCGGGACUGAUGUUUGCGCGGUCUUUUUGCGCGCAAGCGUGUGGAUCUUGUACAUCUUCGUCAAUGGAUCGAUGGCCUCGGGUUUGUUCCUGGUCCUCAGCGACCCAAUCUGUUUUUCCCCAUUUUCUUUUGUCCCUCUUCAACUUUCCCUUACUCCCUUUCACUUCUUGCUGGAUUCGGUGAGAGGCGCUAUUUCAUGUCACUCUGCCGCUUCCAUUAUUGUACAGUACAUAGAUAUUUGCUCUUGGCGGGAUGCAAAUUUUUUUCUUUCACACUGACGGGUCGAGCGCAAAGGGA